AUGUCGUCCGCUACGCUUCGCACUCCCCUCCGUCGCCUACCAUUUUCUGCUCGCCAGACGUGUUUCAACAGCUAUAGGCAAUUCAGCUCCUCCACAUCCCGGGCAAAGGAGAUUCAAGACGCAUACAUUCUCAGCGCUGUCAGAACUCCUGUUGGAGUUUUCAACGGAGCCCUCUCCUCAGUGUCGGCGCCCAAGCUCGGUUCCUACGCAAUCAAAGAAGCCAUUGCCCGUUCGUCCGUUCCCGCCGAGCACAUCCGCGAUGUCUACAUGGGUCAAGUCUUGCAAGGAGGUGUCGGUCAAGCUCCAGCAAGACAAGCAGCAAUCUUCGCCGGCCUCGACUCUUCGGUAGAAGCAACCACAAUCAACAAAGUAUGCGCCUCGGGUAUGAAGGCUGUAUCAAUAGCCGCCAUGAAGAUCCAGCUCGGUCUGGCAGAAGCACAAGUCGCAGGAGGAAUGGAGAACAUGAGCCAAGUUCCUUAUUACCUGCCGCGAUCAUCUCAACUCCCUCCAUUCGGCAACAUCAAGCUCGACGAUGGAUUGAUCAAGGACGGUCUUUGGGAUGUAUACAACCAGAUCCACAUGGGCAACUGUGCCGAGAAGACGGCCAAAGACCAUGGUGUUACUCGUCAAGAGCAGGAUGACUUCGCCAUCCUAAGUUACAAGCGCGCACAGGAAGCCUACCAGCAGGGACUCUUCAAGGACGAGAUAGUCCCAGUGACCAUUAAGGGCAAGAAGGGCGACACGGUCGUCUCAGAAGAUGAGGGUCUGUACAGACUGAAGUUGGACAAGGUGCCUACCUUGAAGCCCGCCUUUGACAAGUCUGGCUCGGGUACAGUGACGGCCGCCAACAGCUCAGGAUUGUCAGACGGUGCCUCAGCACUGGUCCUUGGUAACAAGGAGAUGGCCAAGAAGUAUGGAAAGGGUAACAAAUUGCUUGCACGCAUUGUCGCAACGGCGGAUGCGGCAGUCGACCCCAUCGACUUCCCCAUCGCACCUUCCAAGGUGGUGCCUAUUGUGCUCGAAAGAGCAGGUAUCACCAAGGAGCAGGUCAAGGUGUGGGAGUUCAACGAGGCCUUCGCAGCAGUGAUCAAGGCAAAUGCCAAGAUUCUCGGCCUCGGAAUGGACAACGUCAACCCAAGAGGCGGUGCGAUCUCUCUCGGUCACGCAUUGGGAAGCUCGGGCUCAAGGAUCUUGGUUACCCUGCUACACCAACUGAAGAAGGGCGAAUACGGAUGUGCUGCCAUCUGCAAUGGAGGCGGUGCAUCAACUGGUAUCGUAGUCCAGAUGGUUGACGCAGACGAGCUGUGA